AUGGCAGUUGGUGCCUUGAUGUAUAGUUAUGCGGCGAUAGGUGACGCGAGUUCAAGUUGGAGCUUGGAUGAACCGCGAGUUGGGCCGGAGGCAGUGCGACCAUCGGCUUGGGAUGUAGAGCGAGUCCGAAUCGAUGUGUCCGCGCUAUUUGAUGGGGAGCGGCGGAUGGGGCUUGCGCUAGAAGUCAAGCUACACCUGUCAAGGACUCCAGCGCGGGGCGCGAGUUAUAGGCGUUCCUUCGGCGGUUUGCGGCGCGGGCAGGGCCGCUAG